UUUUAAUGUUGCUUUACUUACGAACAAGCCCCGCAUUAUCGGCCGGGAGUGGGAAGCAGAGGCCAACGACUCUCUUAUCACGGAGGGACGCGUCUUAGUCGCUUCCCAGCUUCCCUCGAGCAAAAUGCUGAUUAGAGUCAUAGUGGUGUUUGUUUUAGGGUUGGAGCUGUGCACCGCCUGUGAUAUGGACCAGACGAAGCAAGGGUGCCGCAUACAGAACAAGGCCUGUUCUUGCGGGUUUGGGUGCAUUUCUGAGUACCGUUACGACACGAUGGCCGAGUGCCAGAACGCCCUCCGGGGCAAACGCAGGGACAUUUGCAACCCCAACCCCUGCCUGCAUGGGGGCUCCUGCAUCCAGAUUUCGCAAAGGCCCAAGUACAAGUGCAGGUGUGAGGGCACGGGAUAUUUCGGGCUGCGGUGCAGCAGAGCAUGUCCUACGCCAGGGGUGGGCCCCACUGAUGCCGUGUUCCCCUACGAAUGCAUAGAAAUAUGACGACCGCCACCAGUGCCCUGUUCGUGCCUUUGUAUUUUUUUAUUAAAUAAAAUGCGUUUUUUAA